GGAUCUAGGGCCUUCAAAAGUUCAAUUUUAAUUUUUUCGGUUUUCACUGUGUCUUUGAUUUGAGGUUAUUAAUUAGAAUUUUGCUUUAAACUGUUUAUUUCAAACAAGGAAGGUUCUGUAAGAAUUCAAGUACAAAUAUUUUAAUUCAUGGCGACUAUAUCAUCAGCGCCAACUCCAGGCGCUCAGCAAAUCGAUGUUAUGAAACUAAAUCUUUCCCAGUUGGCUCGACUUAAACGGCAAUUAGAUGAAGAAUUAAAUGUAUUCCAAGAUUCAUUACAAACUCUAAAAAUGGUUCAACGUAAGUUUGUCGAGUCUGGUGAGAGUGUUGAGAAAAUUAAACCAGAAACUAAAGGAAAAAAUAUACUGGUACCAUUGACAGGCUCCAUGUAUGUCCCCGGAACGAUACAAAAUACAGAAAGUGUCAUUAUAGAUAUUGGAACUGGUUAUUAUGUCCAAAAAGAUAUUGAUGGAGCCAAGGAUUAUUUCACUAGAAAAACUAAAUUUGUAACAGAACAAAUGGAAAAAAUACAAUCAAUGGCAAUGGAAAAGAGCAAAAUUCGAGAUGGAAUUUGUCAAGUCAUUGAAGUAAAAAUGCAAGCUCAGGGAAAUGCACAAAAAGCCUCCACAUCAUAAUAUUUAGUCAUUAAAAUUAACCUUAUUUUAUCAUGUCUAAUUUUAAUCGUUUUUUUUUUAUUAAAAAACAAGGCAAUAAUAUACUACCUGCAUUUAAUAACAAUUUUAAAGUAACUAAUAGAUUUUAUAUAUUGUCAUAUUUUUAAUAAAACAAAAUGAAUUGACACAAAACAGUCAUAGGAUGAGUUCCAAUUGUCGGAGCACCCCAUGCUGUGCAAGUUAAUUAAUAUAUAAGUAUAAUAUAUACCAGACACCGGGUGCUUUUAUAGCAGGAACACAUACUGCACCAUGUACCAGUUGACUUCAUGUUUAAAAAAAAACAAUGUUACUAGUGUUGAAAUUGUUUGUUAAUUGAUAUAAAUGUAUUAAAACAACUCUAAUUAAUGCAUUAUGAUUGUUACAACAGACUCUUAUUAAUUUAAUUAGGAAAACUUAAUGUUAUAAUAGUCUCAUAUUUGCUUUAAUAUUUACUUAAUAAAAAUUGAUUUUUUUAGCUUUAAAAAUAUUCAUUGCUUAUUAAAAUUUAAGUUAACUUGGCAUAUUAGCAUAAUUAUAUAAUGAAGAUUAAAGAAACAGGCAAAAAUAGAUCACCUGAUGAACUCAAAAAACCAACAUCUAUGGAUGUCAGCAAUAUGUAUUUGAAUGAAUCUAUACAUAAUAAAUUUAUAAAUUCGUCUGGUC